UAACAGGAAGAUGGAUCAAAUUAAAAUGUACAGAGAGAACUUCUUGAAGACAAGAAGAAGCAAGAGACACAAGAAUAUGACAGAAGAGGAAGUCAUAAAAGACAACGCUAUUCUUUUGACAGAUGAUGAUAUUAGUAAAGAGAAUUUUUCUUAUAAAUCCAAGACUUUCCCUGAUUCAAACUUUGAACUCCAGUAUGCACCAUGUAGUAUUAUUGAGAAAGUAGACUCAUGUGGUAAUAGCCACAGUGAGUUACGUGUUUUUCACCAUGAUAAGACACAACCAGAUGAGAAACUCCCUGAUGAUUCCUACAUAAUGGAGCUGAAGAACUUGAACAAGGGGGUCGAUCAGUUUGAUAAUGGAAAGCCAGCCAAGCAAGGCCCUAAGAUGAACUAUUGUAUUACAAUGUACCAAGAGACCUGGGGGCAGAUCUUACAGUCUAUAGGAGGUUGUGUCAGAUCCAUAUUUGAGCUAGAGGAAGAAGAUCCACAGGAAUAUGCUGCAGAUAAUUUCGCAAUCAUUUUGGUGGCAGACGGAAUUUCCAAGCUAAAAUAAAGAUUUUAUUGACAAAAUGAUUGAAUACAGGCUAUUUGACGUUGAGAUGUGCCAUAAUGCUGUUUCAAAUUAUAAAGACAAGACUCAUAGCCCAAAGACUUUUGAGAAGCAUAAAACUAAGAUUGCUAGUGAGAAUGAGCUCAGACAGAAAGGAAAUGGAUACUCAUUAAAAGAGUACUCUUAUGCUUCCCAUAACGUGGGACAUAUUUUCGGAACCAAGCUCGACCAGGAUAAACUGAAGGAGAUGUUUGAGGAGAAAGACUACCAGGCUAUACACCCUGACAAAGAGAUAGACGAGCAAAAGUUACCUUAUCUCGUUAAUCUCCAUAACGGUCCAUCUGCUGAGAGCCCUUACCACUGGCUAAUAGAGAAUGGCAAAGAUAAGAACGGUAAUGAGAGGUUCUUCAGAGCUAAUCCAAUCAAGUUCUUCUUCUGUAUUAAGCAUGAGAACUCUGGAAAGAUUGAGUCACACUUGUGGUUCUUCAAGGGUUUCUGCGCCACAACUAAUCCAGUGUACUGCCAGAUGAUCGAUGCAGGUACCAUUCCUCUCAAGAAGUCUAUCAGUUUCAUUUGCAAGUAUAUGGACACUUAUGAUAAUGUUGGUGGUGCCUCAGGAGAAAUCGAAGUAUUUGAACCCUCAGAUGUUGAACUUGGCUCAGGAUAUUUUAGAAUAACUGAUGAGAAGCAAGUUGCUAAAUUAGAAAAGAAAAUUGAAGGUAAAAAGAGAAGAAAAGUUGGCAACAAGAUUAAAUGUCAGAAUGACGAAUGGUAUGUAAAGAAAAGUAGAUCUUGCUUUGCAAAGUUUGAAGCUAGAUGCAUGAUCUUAGCUCAGUAUGUGGAAUAUAAAAUUUCCCAUUAUCUUGAUAAGUCCUUCGAGUCAUUGUUUGGAUUUGUUUCAGUCUUGCCAGGAGCCUUUUGUACAUUCAGAUGGGAAGCAAUUAGUGGAGAUCCCAUGAAGUCAUUCUUCAAGGGGCUCGAGAAAGACAAGCAUACUGCAAAAGAAGCCAACAUGUACUUAGCUGAAGAUAGAGUGAUGUGUCUCGAAAUCCUCAGAAAGUACUCUAAUGCCUGGGUGCUUCGCUACAUUCCAGGAUGUAUUGCACUCACAGAUCCUCCAGACAGUGUAAUUGGACUAAUCAAGCAGAGAAGAAGAUGGACCAAUGGUAGUAUGUUCGCAUCUUGGUAUGUUAUUGAUCACUUGAACAUGAUAAACAGGUCAGGUCACUCUUUCUUCAGAAAAAUGUUCUUAUCAAUGCUGUAUGCUUAUAUGCUCGUUAAUUUUGUGUUUUCUCUUGUUCUUGUGGGAUCUUUGUAUGGAGCCUUCAGUAUUUUUGUUAGUGAAUACUUUGAUGAGGAAGAAUGUGGAUCUUUUGGAGGAGCCAGAAUUUUAGAAACAGCUUAUCUUUCACUUCUGUUUAUUUUCAUUCUGAUGUCUAUUACAAAACCAAUAUCUAAAAGUGGAUGGAUUUAUAGUCUGUUUGUGGUCUUCUUUGGUAUAUUCAUUUUUAUAUCUAUUGCAGUUGGGUUAAAUUUCUUCUGGAAAAACAGAGAGAGUGUCUGGAUAGCUAUCAUGUUGGGUGCAACAUUAGUUGGAUCCUAUAUUUUACCACCGAUAUUCAAUUGGAACAGGAUGAAUUUGUGUAAAUACUUUUUCGGUGCAAUAAUUCUUGUAUUCCUUUCUCCAACCUAUGUCAACAUCAUUAUCAUCUACUCAAUGGCUAACCUUCACGAUGUGAGUUGGGGAAACAGAGAAACUGACGAAACUAAUGCAGAGGCGACAAAGCGUGCUUUGGAACAAUUCAGAGCUCUAUACCUCAUAGUAUGGAUUGCUGCUAAUGUAGCUUAUGGAUACACCAUCAUCUACAUUACAGACACAAAUCAGACCUUCUUCGUCCUGAUUUUAACAGUGUUUGUGUCUGGUCAAGUCUUGAUAAAACUAGUAUCUGCAGUAAUAUACUUCUUCUAUGAGAAGUACACCAAAGUGGCAGUCAAUAUGACCAGACUUAGUGAGAAGAACAAUGUCGUCCAGCUGCAGAUCGGAGAUAGGCUGAGAGACAAGAUGAGAGAGCAGAGGAAAGAUAUCCAUAGGAAGAUUUAUGGAGACAAGCUCGCUAGUGGUCUCAAGUCUACGAAUACAGGGGUUUCAAAGGGGUCAAGAUUCUAAGUGGCGUUUUAUAGUGAUUUGUAGUGGAAAUUGGAUUUUUAGG